GGAGCUUAGGAAGAUGGUUCAGCUGGUGAGGCUGGUUUUAGGUGACUGGCACCGUGGAGCUCAAGGUCAGUGGAGGUUCAACAGGAACCACGUUGAGCCGAAGUUUGAUGUUCAGCUAAAGGAGAAUGAGAGCUACAGCUCCAUCGUCUCAACUGUCAAGGAUAAAUACAGGCUAGACCAGUUCCUUUCUCCGACAGCGCCUGUGCUACUGACAUAUGAGUUGCCCGACUGGAUGAAAGAAAUAGAUGACUACACCUCGGCGCCGUUGGAGAUAACUGACGACGGAGAUGUAGAGGUAUUCAUGGCGGUGAGGGUAGACUGUGUUUGGCUGGAGCUUUAUGUGACAUACGGAGAUGAAGAUGUCAGCCGUUACCGUCGUUCGGUCGCAAUAGAGGAGGGUCAGAUACUCAAUACGGACCCUGAGGUGGAUAGACACCCGUUAGCCCACUGGCGAGGGACUGCUGAGCGGGGCUACUUGUUAGCUAGCGAGGAGGUGUUGAUGGAGAUAUGCACUACAGAGGAACUUCAAAAGAUAAAGAGACACUCUGAGGCUCUAACAAGGGAGAUGGAGGAUGAUGAAAGGUUCAUAAUCGGUGGUGAUUCUUGUUCCUCCGCGGACUCAUCUAAACGGCCAGACAAAGACGAUGAUCCCCCUAGCACAGGUUCUGUGAUAAGACUUCAGGACAUAACUGAAACGUCAGCGAAAGACUACUGUCCUACGAUGGAUAAGGGGAAGGGCAUCAUGACCGAAGAGAGAGUUGAAGUCCCACCGAUGGGAGUCGGUAUAGGGCCGAAUUCAGGAACUUUAGCACUGAUGCUAGGUACAUGUACUGGUAACAGAGAUAGCAUCAGCCACACUGGGUCAAUCUGUGAUCUAAGCGUAGUUCGAAACAUGUCAAGCGAGUUUGAUGAGCCGACGCAGAGCAAAGCCCAGCAUCUGUUUAGGGGCGUUCCAUUUGAGGGGGAUUCUGAUGAUUGUCAGAUACUUGAAGGGAAAGACUUGCAAGCAAAGGGCCAUCUCCGAGUGGGCCAAGUGUUCGAUAAUAAGGAUGCUUUCAAACUCCAUAUGACGCUGUACGCAAUCGCUAACAAGUUCAGAUACCUGGUAAAACGUUCAUAG